AUGUCCGACUUCAUCCGCAACACGACUCUCGGGGUGAUUAUCCGCUUCGUCACUCGCAACACACACCUGCAGUAUCCGGAGGAACGACGGGAUUUUGAGCUCCCCGAGUCCUACGUCAAAGCUGUCGAAGCCGCGCAACAACGCUUCCCGGCGGCGCGAGAUGCAUCGCUGGAUCGUGCCUCACUCAAAACCUCUGCCAGCACCGGACCCACUUUCGACCCGGCCAUACAAGAGAGGAAGAUCGUGCAAUUGGAAGUGCCCGAUGUCAUAAACCACCAGACGCAGCCGACCCUGCUGGCCGAUGGCACGAUUCUCGUCGACUGGUACAACCCGACAGAUCCCGCCAACCCCCAAAAUUGGACCUCUAGGAAAAAAGCACUGGUAUCAGCACUAAUUCUUUGCUAUACCUUGGCGGUCUACGUGGGCUCGGCCAUUUGCACGCCAGGGUAUGGUCAAGUCAUGGAGCUUUUUGGUGUCUCGCGCCAGCUCGUCUCGCUCACACUCUCCAUGUACGUCCUCGCCUACGGCAUCGGCCCCAUGCUCUGGUCACCUUUGUCAGAGAUUCCUUCGAUCGGACGAAACCCGCCCUAUAUAUUCACUUUCGCAAUUUUUGUCAUUCUGACAAUCCCUACUGCGCUUGCCGACAAUUUCGCUGGCCUCGUUGUCCUACGAUUCCUCCUUGGUUUUUUUGGAAGCCCAUGCCUAGCUACUGGUCCCGCGACUCUAGGGGAUCUGUAUCCUUUGGUCAAACUCCCCUAUGCUUUAUCACUCUGGGCCUUCGCUGCAACAAGCGGACCCGCGAUUGCCCCUCUGAUAUCGGGAUUCAGCGUCCCGGCUGAGGGGUGGCGCUGGGCUUACUGGGAGAUGCUGUGGCUCUCGGGUCCAAUCUUGAUUGCAAUGUUCCUCCUCCUCCCGGAAACCUCUUCGGCCACGAUUCUUCUCCGCCGCGCGCAGCGUCUACGCGCUCUUACCGGCAACCCCUCCUUCAAGAGCCAAUCAGAGAUUGACCAAUCGACUCUUCAAAUCCGCGACGUUGUGAUCGAAUCUCUCUGGCGUCCGAUGCAGAUGAUGUUGCUUGACCCCUCGAUUGCUUUCACCGCGCUUUACAGCGCCCUCAUCUACGGCAUCUUCUACUCCUUCUUUGAAUGCUUUCCCCUGGUCUACAUCGGUAUGCAUCGCUUCAAUCUCGGCGAGGAAGGCAUUGUGUUUUUGUCCGUCAACGUCGGCGCUGCCAUUGCAAUCGUCAUGUACUGGAGCUACAUCUACCGGGUCUUCGAGCCUGCCGUACGCGCUCAUACCCUCGGUCCACCCGAGCGUCUGCUUCGUCCCGCCCUACCCGCCUCAUUUCUUUUCCCAAUCGGCUUGUUCAUCUUUGCAUGGACCUCAUCGCCGGAGAUUCCCUGGAUAGCCCCCACGAUCGGCAUUGCAGUUGUCCUCACCGGCAUCUUCAUCGUCCUGCAGUGCAUCUUCCUCUACCUCCCGCUGUCGUACCCGCGAUACGCCGCCUCGCUAUUCGCCGGCAACGAUCUCGCGCGUUCGUCUCUCGCUGCCGCCACGAUUCACUUUUCACAGCCGCUGUAUGAUAACCUGGGCGUCAGCAGAGGUGUCACACUACUGGCAGGGUUGACGGUGGGCUGCAUUGCGGGAAUCUUUGCGCUGUGGCAUUACGGAGACAAGUUGAGGGCGAGAUCCAGAUUUGCACAAAAGUGA